CCAGUGGAUAAGUGUGAGAGACCCCGGAAAACGGAAGAAGUGAACUUGACACUGACUGGUUCGUUCUUUACUGGCAAAACAAUAACCAUUACUAAAUUUGUGCUCGGAGCAAUGUACAGGUUAUCAACAGAUGGUAGAAGGUGGGUGUUGUCCAGUCGGUGACUCUGACCAUCCAUCUCCAUUAUGGCGCUGUGCAGCAAUGUGCUGGCUGUGGCAUUCCUCCUGUCUCAGGCUGGGGGGUUCCUGCACUCUUUGGAAGAGGAUGCCCUUCCUAAGGAGUGGGUGCUGCUCCACGUGGUGCAGGGCCACAUCGGGGCGGGCAACUACAGCUACCUGCGGCUCAACCACGAUGGCAAGAUCAUCCUGCACAUGCGCAGCCUCAAGGGUGAUGCAGACCUGUACGUCUCGGAUAAAACUCUGCGGCCCAGCUUCGACACCUACAAGCUGCAGUCGGUCACCUGCGGCCAGGACGUGGUCGUAGUGCCUGGAGACUUUGUGAGGCCCGUGGGGAUUGGCAUUUAUGGCCAUCCGUCGCACCAGGAGAGCGAGUUUGAGAUGAAGGUGUUUUACGAUCAGACUUCUCUCCAGGACCCGUUCGAUAAAAGGUCGUACCCCUCGGAGGAGGACCGGGGGAAGCAGAGAUACUCACCAGCUCCAGAGGAUGACUUCCAGGAAGAGGAGUCCAUCUUCUGGACUAUUUUAAUUGGGAUUCUGAAGAUUAUACUUGAAAUUUUGUUCUAAUAAAUGUGUGCUGCUGCUCUCUGCCAUGUGCAUUUAGAAUGAGUACACUUGUGGUGUAGUGGAGCUGAGCGCAUGAUGUUAACCUAUCUGAGCCCGAUUUCCCCAAAACAUUUUAAGGCUAAGUUCAUCUUAGACCCAUAGGAUGCUUUUGGGAAACCUGGCAUUGGUGAUCUGAACAUUGGACUGAAAUUAACCUGAGGGGAAGAAGCGGAAAAUCAAAGGGAAUAUAUAUAUAUUUUUUUCGUAAUUCAAUUGAGUGAUUAUCUUUUGAUUAAUGACAAAGGCAAUGCCUCUAUGUUGCUUGUCAAUCAACCUCUUGGCUGAGGCUUACCUCUGUGAAAAAAUUAUUGAAUCAAACCACUAGUAUUUGCAUAUCUAUAUCAAUUAUGCCAUCUGAUUAAAUGACUGGGUUAUGGUGAAUGACCACUGCUCUCCAAGCAAAUACCAUGGCCUAACAAACAAUGGAAGUUUAUCUGAUUGGUAGUGCCUCGCUGGACGGACUGAUAGCAUUUCUUCAUGGAAGUGUGCAAUGAGCCUGUUCACUUGGAGUCAUGUAGAGUUUAGCCAACCUGGGCCCGGUUUCCUGAUAGCAAAGAGACUUAGGCUUACAAGUGUUUAAAAAAUAUAUCUUUCCUACAACGGCCUAAGAUGUAACAUACAUUUCAGUGAUAAUGCCAGUGAAGCUGGUGUUUGGAGGAUAUAUUGGCACGGAUGUCUCUGGCUGGCAAACAGUGCCAAUAUAUCCUCCAAACACUGGCUUUGAGGACAUUAUCACUAAUACAAUGGGUUACCAACAAACAAAUAAUGAUUGACAUUUUCAUAUACAUAUUGAAUUUAUUCAUGUAACGGAUGUGAAAUGGCUAGCUAGUUAGCGGUGGUGCUCGCUAAUAGUCUUUCAAUCGGUGAUGUCACUUGCUCUGAGACCUUGAAGUAGUGGUUCCCCUUGCUCUGCAAGGGCCGGGGCUUUUGUGGAGCGAUGGGUAACGAUGCUUCGUGGGUUACUGUUGUUGGAUGGACGUAAAGUUAAACUGUUACAUUCAUACCAUUUCAUUCUUCCACGAGAUCAAUUCUAUUGGUCAUUAAUUCUAUCGGUUGCCAGAGACGUGACCUAGUCCUUCACUCUUUUUGUUCUGUAUCUAUGGACAUAACCCAGUUCUGGCUGGCAACUUUCUUAUCUCUCUCUUGCUAGCUAGCCAACUACGGCUAAUUUAGUCACGUCAAACAGUGCAGCCAGAAUAACAGCAAAGUCGCUGCAUUUGCGUUUGUUUAAGCUGUUUUCCAGAGACAUUUCUUGUCAGGACACUGUUCAGACGAAUUAGCCAACAACACAGCUAACACAAUCCCUUCAAACUGUAGCUGGAAAGACUGCAAACUAGCUGCGUUUCGUUUGACCUAUUUUCUAUUGACAUUUCUUUGUGUAUAUCCAUAAAAAUUAUGCCAUUUGAUUCAUGAUUUCGACUGGCUGAGUAAAGCUGUCUGCCUAUCUCGUCCCAACUCCCGAACCGUUCAUUAUUUUGGGACAGCUAGAGAUUGAAUUUCAAGUUUGAAACAAUGUUGCAAAUGUCAGAGACAGCAAGAUUUAUACAAAUCUCCGCUUUUGAAAAUCAAAUGCUUUUCGAAAAUAAAUGGCAUUUCAACGCCAUAGCUUUAGCCGGUGGUCAUUUUUGGAAUAGACACUGGCUGGAAUGCGGUGUUAACCAAUCAGCAUCCAGGAUUAGACCCACCCGUUGUAUAAUUCCCAAAACACUAGGCAGAGAGAACGUUCGCCAAGUGCGUCGUUGAGGCAUGUGUCGAUACUGACAGGAUCGGAAUAAUGGCAACGCUGCUCUCUGAUCAGCUUUCCGUUCAAAUCUUACUUUAACGUUCUAAUUAUUCCACGAUACUGACGAUGGAUCAGCUCAUAGAAAGAUCACAUGGCUAAAAUAUUAGGCAAAUCAAGAUUUGGCACAUAAUGAAAUGACAAAUUACAGACGGUAUCAUACAAGUAGCAAAAUAUAACUCAAUUUCUUGAACAUUACAUGUAUUUCAAUAUGAUUGAAAUAGGCCUAUAGCUUACUUACUCUAUGCUAUAUUUUAAUGCAGUCAUCUCUGUUUUAAUUUGAAGCAUGUUUUUAUACGUCGCUUGUUUGUAUCAAUUGCAAAGAUGUUGGAAUCUUUGUAUUUGUAGUCAACUCCUUACUGAAGUUAUCAGCAGUCACAGAGGCGAAUAAACCAUGUGAUUUUAUAUUUAGCGGAGAUCUGUGUAUCAAGUGAUGCGGGAGGGCAAAAAGCAUCUAAUUUAUUAGCUGUGCUACGAGUGGUCUAAGCCAGGCGUUCGAUUUCGAGCGUUUAAAUCCAACGAGGGUUUUGGGAAACAGCUCAAACGAUGCGCCUACAAAGGUUCUAACGAUGAACUUUGCCUUAAGAUGCUUUUGUGAAACCGGGCCCUGUUCAAUAGGUUUCCAAAUGGGAACAAAUUACUUGAAAUGGAGGCGGCAGGCACUAGCUGAAACUUGCGUUUCCAUUUGAAAACGUUUGCUCCCAUGUGUGCCUAAUGAACAAGACCCAGGUCUAAAUUGGUGUCCUGGGUCUGAAUUAUGCAACAACUAAAUAUCAGUACACCAGUGAGCAGAGAUGUUCAACAGUGCCUUUUGAUCUGUCAUGUCUUGGGUGAAUGGCAAUGCAACAUCUCAUGCAAAUUGAGUCAUUUUAUAAGAUUUUCAAAUAAAGAUGUGAUUAUCUUUGCAAAAUA